AUGCAGUCAGGUGGACAGCAGUCGCCAGCCGAAGCUGCUGCUGUAUCCGAAUACUUGAAAUCGCGAGGAUUUACAAGGACAGAAGCAUCAUUCAGAGAAGAAUUCAAAGUCAAGACUGUUGAUGACCUGCAAGCCGAAGCAAAUAAACGUGCUCAGCUGGCAAUCCCAAACUUCCUACUUCAAUACUCUUCAGACGACAUCAACAAUCCAAGCGCUCAUGAACAGUCCUACAUCAAACUGAGGAGAUUUGUCGACGAGUCAUUCACUACUUACAAGGUCGAAUUCAAAACUGUCUUGUUUCCAGUCUAUGUACAUAGCUAUCUGGAACUCAUCGAACGUGGAUUCAUUGAUCAAGCACGACACUUUUUAAAUACAUUCAAAACCGACCAUGCCGAAACCCAUGCUGGAGAAAUUCAACGGCUAGCUUCUAUAACAAACCCUCAACAAUUACGUGAAAACGAUCUCGCUCAAAACUUUCGAAACAACAAAUACUUUGUGUCCAUGUCUCGCUAUGCUUUCGAGUUACUAUUGCACUUUUUGGAAAGUAACGCCAUGUUGGUUUUGAGGAUUCUUAAUCAGUAUGUGUCCAUUAAAGCUACUGCUGAAAAACUACCCGGUGCAAAGGAAAAGAGUGCGAAUGAUGUAGGAGAUAUGGGAAUACUAGGAUACACCACAACACAAUUGGACGAUAUAGGUAAAAUCCAACUCAGGCUCGGUCAGUUACCACCCGACGAAUGGUUUAAGGAUCAAGUGGAACGGGAUUUAGCUGCUGAUGGUGGUGAAUUGUUGGGAGAGUAUCAUAAAAAGAUUAAAGUGGAAGCAGAUUCAUUGACAAGGGAGACUUCAGUUCCCAUGCCACCAAAGCACAACUUGGACGUUGAAAAGGAAAUUCAAGCAUUGAAUGAUAUUCGUAAACGAGCCAGUUUAAAUAGUGGAGCUAUGCCAUCCAUCAUCUGUUAUACUUUCCACAACACUUACGACAAUAUGAGCUGUCUAGCCAUGUCAGAUGAUACAAAAUAUUUAUGUGCGGGCUUUACAGAGUCAUUUGUUCGUGUGUGGAACCUCAAAGAUGAUAACGAUACUAGUGGAACUCGACUCGUUGGACAUUCAGCUGCAGUAUAUGGUGUAUCGUUUAGUCCAGAUAGUCGUGCUCUCUUGUCUUGUUCUGGUGACAACACUGCUCGAUUAUGGAUUGGAGACUCGUUUAUGAACGUCUCAGUAUACAAGGGACACAAUUAUCCAGUAUGGGAUGUCGAAUUUGGUCCAGAGGGUAUCUAUUUCGCUACCGCUUCCCAUGACAAGACUGCUCGAUUAUGGAAUGUUGAAUAUUCACAGCCUUUGCGGAUCUUUGCUGAUCAUAUGUCGGAUGUUGAUUGUGUUCGCUUCCACCCGAACUCAAACUAUCUUGUAACCGGAUCUAGCGAUCGAACAGCUCGUUUCUGGGAUGUGAAUAGUGGUAAAUGUGUACGAGUCUUCACAGGACAUUCAGGAACAGUAUAUGCUGUUGCUGUAUCUCCUGAUGGAAAGAUGAUUGCCACCGCAGGUGAAGAUAAGACAAUUGGAUUAUGGGACAUAGCAUCCGGAAAACGACUCAAGACGAUGACGGGUCACACUGAUGUGAUUUAUUCAUUGGAUUUCAGUCAGGACUCUUGCUUGUUGUCGUCUGGUAGUGCUGAUGAUACAGUUAGGAUAUGGGAUGCCAAGAGGCCUGAUGGUAAUGAAUUGGGACGAGGGAUACAACCUAUGGGAGCUGUGCAUGUCAAGAAUCGACAAGCUGAUGCUAGGUAA